AUGAGCGGAAGAACCGGAUUUACACAUACGCGUACGCUUGCCUGCCGUGAUCUAAGUGUUGAAGAGAAACAGCUGAAGAUCGACUCAUCCAGUGGAGCGAGGUUUGCGCGGCGGCCGGGAGAAUCGGAGACGAAGCUGGAAGUGGACAUUUCGGAGGGUCACAUUAGGAGCAACGCCACGGGCAGCGAAGACCUCCUCCAAAUCCCUCGCCGCCUGCCCAAAGCCCCGCUCUCCGGGUGGUGGCCGAACGGAUCGAUGAGAGACGCAGAGGGAGCUGGAAAAGCUGCUGCUGCUGCUGCUGUUGGAUUCGGCCGAAAGACAAUGGUUGAAUAG